AUGCGUUGCCUCCACUCCUUGGCGUGUUGGUUCUUCCUCAUCUUCAUCUCCAACGGGGUUACUGCCGAGGAAUCGCAAAGUGAUUCUCCAGGCACCUUGGAGGUCGGUUUGGUCUUUCCACGCAAUGAAACGACAUUCGUUCCCUCUUUGAUGACACCUUUUAUUUUCUCUUUCCGAACCCCCGAACUUGUCCCUACUCUGCAACCGUAUCUUUUUUAUUACGUCUACAAUUAUAGCAAUACUACCAGUCCUGCUCUUGAUGGCAGGAUUUGGGGGCGGUCUAUGAAUCUCUCAGCCAACCAUGACCCUCACUUCCAAGUCAAUUACCAUCGGCAAUUGAAUGUUGAAGGCAAAUGGCUUAUGACGCUCACUACUGGUGUUCUCAAUUGUGUCGAGGAUAGCCAUCACUUCUACAACAAUUCACACUAUGUUGACGCCAACUUUACCCAGACCAAUAUUACUUUCACUACAAAGGGCUCUUCAGGACAGGUCGACCUCGCUGCUGAGACAAGGGACAAGAAUUGUUCAUCUCCAGUUGGACUCACCAUCGAUGUCCAAGACACGAUGAAGGUCCCGGAAGGUGAUAACCGUGCCGACGAAAUGUUAGCAGAGGUCUGCGCAGUCGAGCCUCUGGUAACUUUGGCAGAUAAAUGUGUGGCUGUGACCCCUGCGGCUGCAUCAAGCAUCGCCGCCGAAAUGUCUUGGCGGGUGUGCAUGACUGUUUACAACAGGUCGGAAAUCCCUGAGAGUUUUGGUUGUAAACCACUGGAUUGGAAAGAGAGCAUGGGAGUGCAGAUUGUGUUUGGAGGGACUACUUUCUUAGCAUUAUUACUGGGAGCUCUAGCCUACAUCUUGUAA